CUUCUGCUGCUGAAUUCAGAAUCCAAAAAGCCAAGAUGGCCUUUCUCCAAAAGAGGAGUGGGCAAAGACAAACACAAGCACACAUCCGAUCUGGAAAACUGCCUGUCCUCUGUGAAAAUUACCAACUUCAGGGGCUAUGACUUCUACAGUCUGAAGGAUAAGACCUGGGAUGAAGUCAUGGAAACACAUCACAAACUCCUGACCAAUCAAUUAGACUUGAGAAAGCAGCAAGAAGCCGUGUGGGAACUUUUCACAAGUGAAUGCACCUAUUUUUUGGACCAUUUAUUAGUUCUUAAGAUGAUCUUUAUGAAUACACUAAAAUAUCUGCAAACUCAUGAAUAUCUCCUAGAUGUGGAUUUAUGGAGACUUUUUGCAAACCUGGAGGAGUUAACUCAGACAAGCCUUGGUUUUGUGAACAGUCUCUUUGGCAUCAUCAAGGACUAUGUAGACGCUUCUGAGAUUUCCUCAUCACUGGAUUUUAUUUCCGUGCUCACAAAGUAUUUCCGAGGGAGUCUCUGUCAGAGCCACCAGACCUACUGCCUGAACUAUUCAGCUGCUAUCUUUUAUCUUGAGAGCCUGAGGCAGAGAGAUGACUUUGGAAUUUAUUUAAAAUGGUGUGAGCAGAAUGAACAAUGCAGACGGCUCCACCUGCCUGAGCUACUAGUGGCACCACUUCAGAGGCUCACUCGAUAUCCGUUGUUGCUGAAGAAUAUCUGGAAAAGAAGCAUGGACUCUGCUGAGAAAAUCACGAUCUACUCCAUCAAGGAAAAGGUGGAAAAGUCCAUCCGGGACCUUGAAGGAAAAGUGAAAUGGCUGGACAAUUUCCAAAAAUUUAGAUAUCUACAGGAGAUUAUAGUGUGGCCACCGCUUUGGGAUAGAGAUAAAAGGUUUUUCAUUCCAGAGUGUUUGAAACACAUUUUUAAAGAACACACGGCAGAAAACAUCUUGUCACCAACCAACAGACACCUUCUCUAUGAAGGAAAAUUAACUCUUGCAGAAAGCACCAGAUUCCUAGAUGUUUAUCUGUUUCUCUUCAAUGAUUUCCUCUUAGUUACGAAAACUAAGCGCAACAAAAAGAAACUUGGAGGCUCAGACCCUGGUUUAAUGUGUCCUUCUCUUACUCCUGAGUUGCAAGCAGUAAUAAAAGAGGGUGGUUCAUGUACAGUACUCGAUCAGCCUAUUCCACUAGAUAGGUUGGUAGUCAAAAGUAUUGAAGCACUCCAUGUGUCAGUCUUUGGGCUGAGAAAUGCUUUUCUUAUACAACACGAAAACAGAUAUCGACAGUGUAUAGCAGCAUUCUUAUUACAAGCCCAAACGGAAAACAUCAAAAAAACAUGGAUGGCACAAAUAACAACUGCAAUUUCUUGCUUUACCAAGAGUCAGGAAACCAAGAAAAUAUCUUUAUUCACAUUGCCCGCUGAAUCCUCUGAAAUUUAGGGACCUAAAAUAAGUGGCAUGCCUUUUUAGAAGAUUAGGGUUUAAGUUAUUAUUUCAUUCAAACUUUUGUAACACUUAGCUAGUGAUAAGCUAGAAGGAAAUUUGCAUUUUAAAGAAGUUCCAGAAUUUGAAAAUUUGAGCUAGGAAAAUCCUCAGUAUAGAGGAGUAAUGACUGCAACACAUUUGUCUGAGGAAUUUCUUGACAGAUAUAUACUGACAUCCAGAUUACCUUCUAAUGCUUCCGUCAAGUUUGUAAGAGGUGUGAGUGAAGAAAGGUGCUACUUUGUAAAGGGUGAAUCAUCAGAUAAAUGGAGUAUCAGAAGGAAAACAAUGUCCACUGCUUGUAUCCAAUAUGAACUCCAGCAUCUUACUUUGUGUGUAUCUAUAAAAUAAUGAAACCAAUUUUCCUUCAUGGCUUGUCAAUCAGUCUUAACUGCUUUAUAGUCCUGCCUCAAACACAAUGAUAGUUCUUUAGAUACAAAGCUUGAUUGUUCUUUUAAUAUACAAAGCGAUAAAUAAGGAGUGAAUUUUAAUAGCAGUUUUAAAAUUCCUAUUCUCAAACUCCUCUCAGGUAUACUUUAUAGUACUCUAACGUGGAAGUAGAAAACCCCAAAGACUAAAUUCCAUUACUUUAAGAUGGGGGGAGGAUAUCUGGCUUUCACCAGUUAACCCUUUUGCAUGGCUUUUCUUGGCCUGUUGUGAAGUGUACAGAUUUUCAUAGACAUAGUAAGGUGUCUGUCUCUUAACUUUAUUUUUUGAAGAAUGAUGGUGUUUGCCAUAAAAAUGCUUUCUGGUUUUGAUUGGUGUGUGUGUGUGUGUGUGUGUGUGUGUGUGUGUUAGCACAGUGCAGUCACUUAAUUUUAUUGGGCAGGACUUCAAAUUUCUUCAGAAUUUUUAUCAUGAAAGGCAGUUUGAAUAAUUAUUAUCAUGACAGGCUACAUACUAUUACCUACAUUCAAGGAACUAGUUCUUAGGGUCAGAUUAUUGCAUCAAAUGGAAGUCCACAAACUUCCAUUUCAGGCUCGUACCUUUUGCAAUUUGCAAAGUGAAAGUAGUAAAUUUAUCAAAUUUGGCUGCAAGGCAACUGAAGCCUUAGCUGAUUUUGUUAAGCUAAAGAAUGGGAUACAGAGGAUAAUAUUUGGGCAAGUCAUGUGCACAGUAAUUCCUUGAGGAAGGUGAAAUUUCACCAUGCAAACAAAGCAGUAAAGACAAGUGCAGCAAAAAGGCUUCUGUACAAGGCAAGCACUAUUAGAAUGGAGACUAAUAAUCUCUUUAUAAUAAUGUCAGACAUUUAAUAGAAGAAAAAAAUAAAAGGAAAAUCUGGAGGACAGUAACUAUUGUUAAUAGCUAAGAAUAAAUGAGGUGGGGGGAAGACAAAGGGGAGAAUAGACUUCAAGUGAAUUUCUAGAGAUGGCAUCUGGAUGGGACUAAAAGCAGUUAUGUCCAGGAGAAGACAAUAUAGAUCAUGCAAGAGAGGAUUUUAUAAAGAAAUUUCUGGCUGAAAAAAAAUUUUAAAUUAACAAUCAUCUUGCAAAUUUUUUAGAUAUAAACCAACCUCGGAGGUGAGCAGUGGACUAAGAUGAGGUACUUCUCAAAUUCCUGUAGUCCCAUGAAUCCAGCAACCACAGACUUACUUACAUGUAUAAAGGUAGUUUUCUCCCUCUGAAUCUCAUUAAAGGGAGAGACAGACCGACUAAAUUAACAAAAUAUGUAAAACAGCUCAAGAAUACACUGCACAUAAACUGGAAUUCUAUAAAGCUCACAAAAUAACAUGUCUAAUAUACAAUAUAUUAGAUGCUUGAGGAUAUGCACAUUAAACUCUUCAGAGGGUUUAGAAUGAAGCACAUUCAAAUGAAGGGGUCGUGGGGGUCGGAACAAAAACCAUUUUAGAACCGUGGCUCCCAGGAAG